AUGCCCCCAAAGAAGCCUUCCGUGCCGCUCCAAAAAAAAGCUGAAGGACCCAAGAAAGAGGUCAAGGAUGAAGAAGCCAUCACGGCUGGUACAUCGUCAUCAGCAACAAUAACAACAACACCCACUUCAUCCUCUCAGACCAGUACUGGAAGUACUUCUGGAAAAGAGAGUUCUCAAGGAGGAAAAUCAAAAUCCGGUAAAGCUAAAAAGGUUGCAAGUAAAGAGCCAGAAUUGGCACCAACAUCAUCAUCGGCCGAGGCUUCAGCUUCUACAGAACCUGCAAAAGAGGAGAGCAAGAAAAAGACAAAAAAGACAACAACAUUGAGUAAGGUUGGAAAGAGACGAUCAUCGGAGGAUCCAAAGAUUAUUAACAGCAAGUCCAUUCAAAGAAUGGCAUUGAAAGCAGGUGCUCUUAGAAUUAAUAAGGAUGUCUAUGAUGUGGUAAAGGGUAUUUAUAUGGAUAUUUUGGAGGAUGUUCUCUAUCGUUCUGCAGUCUAUACAGUCUAUGCCGAUCGAGUGACCAUCAAGGCCAAGGAUGUGGAACAUGCAAUCGAAGCCAAUGGCUACAAGAUUUAUCCAAAUGCUGAUGACACAGAGUAUUUUGCGGAAUCUGAAAGAUCACACAAGAAGAAGGUGAAAUCAGAAGGAAGUUCGAUGGACGAAUCCAAGGACGAAGAAUACAAGCAAGAAGAGGAACCAGAGGAAGAGGAAGAAGAGGAUGUAGAAAUGGAAGAAGCAGCUGAGGAAGAAGAGGAAGAAAAAGAAGAGAAACCAAAGACGAAGGAAUCAAAGAAAAAAGAGUCAACAACUGCAGAAAAGAAGAAGGGAACCAAGAAGGAUUAA